AUGAGCAACAAUAUCAAGAAGUUGAAGAACUUCUGUUUGCUCCAACAAUAUGACAGUUCGGUGAGGUUUGUGGACCAGACUCAGGGUGGAUUAUAUUACACGCAUCUGCGGCAAACAUUUGAAAGAAAUAGAAAUAAGAAGAAAGAAUGGAAAGAGUUGUUCCGAUGGAAGAACUUGCUCAUAUUGGUGGAUAAAACAAUUACAGUUCUGUAAAAAAGAGUGAUAUCUGCUAUGGUACCAAAUGAACAGGGCCUUAUAUUCAGCUGGAUGAGAAGAAAAGGCAAGAGGCCAUUUUAGGACACAAAUUUGGCAUAGCUUAUCAUUUGCAUUUUUAUGUUCCGCACUACGCUCUAAACCAAAAGUUUGAAACAAGGAAUUUGCAGAGAUGUUUUAAUAAUUAAUAUGUCUGGAAUAUUUUCAGCUACUUCGAAUUUGGAGAAAAAAGUUAUUUUUUCAAAAUCAUUAUAUAACCAUUUCAUAGGAUUAUAGGUGAUUGAGUAAUUCUAGCGCAUGGAAUGAAGUCAAGAGUCUUUACUGUAUUCAUUUUAUUCUUCAAAUGAACUGUGGACAAAUAAAUCAUUUUUGGUGACAUCAUGGAAACUGUAUUAAAAUUCAAAAGAUGUCUGUGUAGAACAACAUAAUUUGCCUCUCAUUUGUAGUAGCCAGCAACAAACACUCUUUAUUAAUAUCUAUUAUUCAGAUAGAUCAUUGUCUAUCUACUGUCGGUUGGAUUGCUAUUACCAUGUUUUGUCAUUUGUUCUAAACUGUUAUCUCAAAGCUACUGCAACUUUUACAAUAUUCUUGAUCAAAUAUGGACCAAAGUCACUGUUUCACUUUCAUUGUUCCAUUAAAAGCAAUGUAACCAUUUUUAAACAAGUAUAUAAUAUAUUUGGUAUUUUUCUCGGAUGCUUUUAUAUUUUCAGGCUAAUAAACUUACUGCAGGUGCUGCAGAAAACGCUAAGGUGGGAGUCCUGAGAAACCAAACAGAAGAAUCCAUCCAGUUGUGGCUGUAAAGAGCUUUGUAUAUGUCUGUGAAGGAUUAUGGCAAGGUGUUCCUAUGACGCCAGAGAGACAACUGUAUGACGCCUACGAGACGUCCCUAAACGCAUCCGAGACGUCCAUGUUAUGUCUCGAACGCCAGUUUAAGAACAAUAGACCAAAACAACAUGUCUUAAAGACGUUCUAAUUAGUAACAACCGGUCUCUAAAAGACGUCUGUUAGACUUUUGCAAACGUCUUUAAGGUGUCUCGAAAGUUGAGAUCGGACGUCCUAAACACAUCUUUGAGACGUCUUUGUGCUAUUUGGGUCCAGACUACACUGUCACCAUAUCUAAAGCAGGAAGCUUUUUAUAGUAUUGAUAGUUCUCUAGUCAAUGACUUCAGUGACAUAUACAUGAUUAUAUUUAUCUUUUUUUAUAUAUUUUAGUAUAAUUACGUGUGAUUUGAACUUGUCAGUAUAUUUUUAUCUUUUGAAUGUGUUCGGUUUGUUUUAUUUAGUAUUAAUGGUGAGUGUUUACUUUUUUGUUCAUUGGAAGUUUUUCCUUUUUGACGUAUGUGAAUGCUUUUGCAUGCCCAACAUCAUUAAAUAUCAUUAUUUUUAUUAUUAAAAUUUAAAAAAAAAAAUGAAUCGCG